GACAUUGCCAAUUUUUGGCCCCACAUCUUUUGUUUGACGGUUUCCCAUUGUCCAGUGAAUUAGCUUAUAUGAGGUAGUCGUCGUUAAAUCGCGCAUUUUCCACUUGUCUUUAUAAAAUUCUGUUUGCCAACAGGGCGUCUCUUCACGACGAAGAGAUUCCUCCAUUUUGACUUUCCAAUUAAUGCAAACUAGAAAAAAUGGGAGGAAACAUGCAGUUCGGCCUCCAAAAGAUAUGGAUAUUAAAAUAAUUAUUUACUGAUUGAGGAUCAAUAAAUAGCUAGGGUUGAAUUUCCCUUCGUCGGAGGAUUUGGGCACAAUUUCCUUCCCAGGAGGAGACAAAUCUAUCAUAACUCUAUCAUAGAUUUAUAAGUAUCUACAAAAGAAUUAACUUUUGGAAGUUAUACAGAAUAUUUGUUUUGAGUUUUUUCAAUUGAGCGAGGGAAUCGCUUCCUUGAAGCGUUAUACGUACGAAAUUGGAAUCAAGAUUGUUCGCAGUUUGAGGAGAUUAAAUCUGUAACUUAUUAUUGAUUGUCAAAUUGAAUUGAGGAGAUGAAGAAUAAUGAGGCAACAGGCAUAUCUCCGUCGCUGCCAAACAGGAGGCAGAGUUUGCAUCAGAAACGGCCUCCUGGGGCUCCGGAGUCAAACAAGAAGAAGCCUUCAUCAUUAUCUGACAACGGAAAACACGAGCCAUCGCGAAAGUCUUUGGGGACGCCUCGUCAACCGUCACUCACAGGGGAGAAAACUGUUAAAAAAUUGAGAUUGUCAAAAGCUCUCACAGUUCCAGAGGGUACAUCAGUUGUAGAUGUAUGUCGUCGCAUGGCUCUGCGUAGAGUGGAUGCUGCCUUAAUUACUGAUUCCAAUGCUCUGCUUUGUGGGAUAAUAACUGAUAAGGAUAUAACAACAAGGGUUAUAGCAGAAGGUUUAAAACCGGCAGAGAUAUUUGUGUCCAAAGUGAUGACAAGGAACCCAAUAUUUGUAAUGGCUGACACAUUAGCAGUAGAAGCAUUACAAAAAAUGGUUCAAGGAAAAUUUCGACACUUGCCUGUUGUGGAAAAUGGUGAGGUCAUAGCUUUGCUUGAUAUCACAAAAUGCCUCUAUGAUGCUAUAUCAAGAAUGGAAAGAGCUGCAGAAAAGGGUAAUGCCAUUGCAGCUGCUGUUGAAGGGGUAGAACGGCAAUGGGGAAGCACAAUUUCUGGUACCAAUACUUUCAUUGAGAUGCUACGUGAGCGAACAUUUAGACCAUCUCUGGCUACUAUUUUGACGGAAAAUACAAAGGUACUGACAGUUGCACCUACUGAAUCCGUAUUCAUGGCUACAAAGAAAAUGCGUGAAUUUCAAUUGAAUGCGGCUGUUGUAACAGUUGAGAAUAAACCACGUGGAAUCCUCACUUCAAAGGAUGUUUUAAUGCGAGUUGUGUCACAAAACCUAUCUCCUGAAUCUACGCUAGUUGAAAAGGUAAUGACACCAAACCCAGAAUGUGUAACUGAUGAUAUAACAAUAGUUGAUGCUUUACAUGUAAUGCAUGAUGGAAAGUUCUUACACCUACCAGUAGUUGGCAAAGAUGGAUUUGUUGUGGCCUGCAUAGAUGUGCUGCAAAUUACAAAUGCAGCAAUAGCCAUGGUGGGAAGCUCUGGAGCAGUGGGGAAUGAUAUGCCAAACACAAUGAUGCAAAAAUUCUGGGAUUCAGCUCUAGCGUUAGAGCCAGUGGAUUAUGAUGAUGACUCUCACAGUGAUGCAUCUGUAAGGAUGACAUCUGAAACAGCAGAAACAGGAAAAAUUGGGUACCCAUCUACGGGUCUGGGGAAUUCUUUUCCUUUUAAACUAGAGGAUCGGAAAGGUCGUGUUCAUAGGUUUAUCUGUGGUAUGGAUAGUUUGACAGAGCUCAUAUCUGCAAUCAUGCAGCGAGCAGGAGAUGACAUUGAUCAGGCUCAUUUACCCCAGAUUUUGUAUGGAGAUGAUGAAGGUGAUAAAGUCCUACUUGCAACAGACAGUGAUCUUGUUGCAGCUGUAAAUUAUGCUCGGUCAGUUGGAUUGAAGGGAUUAAGGAUUCAUUUGGAUUACUCAAACAUAGAUAAUGUGAAGGAAGUAAAGAAAACUCAAUCAGGAGUCUCUUCCGAUCUAGAACUUAAUCAAAAAGAUCAGCGGAGUUCAGCAUAUGCUACGGUUGCAGCAGGAGCUGCUGUGCUAGCAGGACUUGGUGUUAUGGCAUAUUUGAAAAGGUCAAGCUCCUGAGGGUAUAAAUAGCUUGUGGCUAACACUUGCAACCCAUUAGGAGCAGAGUACUGAAAUCAGGGCGGAUCAUCUUAGCAUCUAAGUGUUGCAGGACAAAUGGUUUUGUAAUAUAUUGACAAGUCAGAGCAAAUAUGAUAUUUAAAGGCAAAAUUAUUUAUGCAUGUAUCUUCUCUACCAAAAUAUUUAUUCUGCACAUAAAGUCUAAAUGAUGGAAAUGACCACAAUUCACAUUUUUCA